AUGGUUUUACGUUGGAUUGUUUUGUUUGUGUGUGUGUGCGCGGCGGUACGGGGCAUACCGCGCCACUCGGUACGGAAGUUUCCCGAAGGUUUCCUGUUUGGAACUGCCACCGCGUCUUACCAGAUCGAAGGAGCUUGGAAUGCUGAUGGUAAAAGUGAAAACAUAUGGGACCGCAUGACGCACACCAGACCGGACCACAUAAAGGAUUCAUCGAAUGGAGAUAUUGCUGACAACUCUUACUACUUGUACAAGCGGGAUGUUCAAAUGAUGAGAGAGCUUGGUCUGGACUUUUACAGGUUCUCGGUAUCAUGGACAAGGAUCUUGCCCUCAAGUUUCCCGGACAGAAUCAACGAGGCUGGCGUGAAUUACUACAACAAUUUGAUCGACGAACUCCUGAAGUACAAUAUUCAGCCAAUGCUAACUCUAUACCAUUGGGAUUUGCCCCAAAAGCUUCAAGAUAUGGGCGGUUGGACCAACCCGGAAAUUGUUACGUGGUUCGCAGACUAUGCGAGGGUCAUUUACACGCUUUUCGGGGACAGAGUGAAAUACUUCAUCACCAUAAACGAACCGUACCAAAUCUGCAACAGUGGGUAUGGCAUUGACAGUCUCGCUCCAGCGUUAAACAGCAAGGGGAUCGGAGAGUAUAUGUGCGCGAAGAAUUUGUUGCUAGCUCACGCGAAGGCAUAUCGAAUAUAUGAUGAGGAGUUCAGAUCGACUCAGAAGGGAAAUAUCUUCAUAUCGUUCAGCGCGCAAUGGUAUGAGCCAGCGAGCGACAGCGUCGCGGAUCUGGAAGCCGCACACGAUGCUAACCAAUUCAAUUGGGCUCAAUACACUUGGCCAAUUUAUUCAGAAACCGGAGACUUCCCACCAGAAAUGAGGAAGAGGAUCGCGGCAAAGAGCGCAGAGCAAGGUUUCCCGAGGUCCAGACUGCCCGAAUUCACUCAUGAAGAGAUAGAAUUCCUCAGAGGAACCUCUGACUUCUUCGGGCUGAACCAUUAUUCUUCAUAUUACAUACAUAGGAAUGGGAGUAUUCCAGUGCACGAGGUACCAUCUUAUGCUGAUGAUCUAGGUGUUGGCAGCUACUCGUUGCCAGAAUGGCAGCUGGGUGCAUCAAAUAUAACCAAAUACGUGCCAUGGGGUUUCAGAAAGCUAUUGAACCGCAUCAAGGACGAUUACAAGAACCCGCCUGUGUUCAUCACUGAAAACGGUGUCGCCACCCACGGGGGCAUAAUGGACGAUGACAGAGUGCAGUACUACAGGGAGUAUUUGGGAGCACUUUUGGACGCUUUGGAUGACGGCUGUGACGUCAGAGGCUACACUGCUUGGAGUUUGAUGGACAACUUUGAGUGGACGAGUGGAUAUACGGAAUCGUUUGGGCUGUACGAGGUGAACUUUGACAGCAUAUACAGAACCCGUUCGCCGCGUAAGAGCGCGUACGUUUACAAGGAGGUACUGCGUUCGCGUCAACUCGAUCACCACUACGAGCCGGAUCUGACCCGACCAAUCACCAUCGAUCCGGGACAUUGA